UUCCCUGGUGACGUGAGGCAGUCGCUCAUGCUGCCCUUUUAGGUCUUCAGUCAGACAGUUUUACUCCCACUGUUUGUAUCUGUGUGAAGUCCACUUUGGUGCUCAGAAGCAUCUAUACACCAUCUGGCCUUUUUUUUUUUAGCAGAAUGCGUCUCACUACAGAGGAGAAAAUAGAGCUGGAACUCAAGGAGCAAGGGACGGUCAAUCCAGCAUUUCGGGGCAAAGACAGUGAUGAACAACCACAGCUGACACUUGACAUUGCUGAGCCCCACACGGAGGCCCUGGAGGAGACAGCGGAUAAGGGUGUAGAUUUGGUUUACUCCCUUAAUGACAGGCCACCAUGGUACCUCUGCAUUCUACUUGGGUUUCAGCAUUACAUCCUUGCAUUCGGAGGCAUCAUCGCAAUCCCGCUGAUCCUGGCCGAGCCCCUCUGUAUACAGGACAACAACGUCGCCAAAAGCCAGCUAAUCUCCACCAUAUUUUUUGUGUCUGGAUUAUCUACGAUAAUGCAGACAACUAUUGGCACCAGGUUACCAAUCCUCCAGGGAGGAACCUUUAGUUUCAUCACUCCGACCCUGGCCAUUCUCGCUCUGCCCAAGUGGCAAUGUCCGGCUCCACAAAAGGCUGCUGUGCUGUCCAUGCACCUUCAGAAUGGCACCAGUCAUAUGCAAAUGGAAAAUUCUGAUGAGGUCUGGAUGUCACGAAUGCGUGAGAUCCAAGGAGCCAUCCUGGUCUCCUCUCUGCUGCAGAUUGUCCUGGGCUUUUCUGGGCUUGUGGGCCUUGUGUUGAAAUUCAUUGGCCCGCUGGCUAUUGCUCCCACCAUCAACCUCAUUGGCCUGUCACUGUUCAUUGAAGCUGGGAAGAAAUCUGGAGGUCACUGGGGAAUAGCUGCCCUCACGGUCUGUCUAAUCCUCCUGUUCUCUCAGUAUCUCAGCAAAGUUGAUGUGCCAAUGAUUGCUUACAUGGAUAAGAAGUGGAAGGUUUUCCAGUAUCCGCUCUUCAAGCUCUUCUCUGCUUUGUUCGGGAUGUGUGGUGCCUGGCUGGUCUGCUUCCUAUUGACCGUCUUUGACGUCCUCCCUUCAAAGUCUGAUGAGUACGGCUUCUCUGCCAGAACUGACAUCAACCUAAAUGCUGUGACAAACUCCCCUUGGUUCCAUGUGCCUUACCCAGGUCAAUGGGGUAUGCCCACAGUGAGUGUGUCUUCAGUGUUGGGUAUGAUGGCAGGGGUCUUGGCAUCUACCAUGGAAUCAAUCGGUGACUACUACGCUUGUGCUCGCUUGUCUGGUGCCCCUCCUCCACCGACUCACGCCAUAAACCGAGGUAUCGCUGUGGAGGGCAUUGGCUGUAUUCUGGCUGCACUGUGGGGAACUGGAAAUGGCACCACCUCCUACAGCCAGAACAUUGCUGCACUCGGAAUUACCAAGGUUGGCAGCAGACUGGUCCUCCAGACGACUGGGAUUCUGAUGAUUGUCCUGGGAAUAUUUGGAAAAUUUGGAGCAGUUUUUAUUACCAUCCCAGACCCGGUCAUUGGAGGCAUGUUCCUCGUUAUGUUUGGAAUGAUCGCAGCAGUGGGCAUAUCCAACCUCCAGUAUGUGGACCUUAACUCUUCCCGUAAUCUCCUCAUCCUUGGCUUCUCUACCUUCAGUGGUCUUGUGUUACCUACCUGGUUUCACUCCAAUCCGGGCAUCAUUGACACAGGAAUAAAAGAGUUGGACCAAGUGAUUGUAGUGCUCUUCACCACACAUAUGUUCAUCGGAGGAUUCUUUGGGUUUAUCCUGGACAACACCAUUCCAGGCACCGACAAGGAGCGGGGAAUAAAGAGCUGGCAGGACAAGGUGCAACAGGGAAGCAAAAACACGUGUGACCAGUCGUGCUAUGAUAUCCCUUUCUGCAAUGCUGUUUUAAAACGGCUUAGAUGUUUCCAGUACCUGCCCUUCCUCCCUUCGUACAAGACCACUCAGCAGGGGACAUCCAAGUAAUGUAAAAAGUAAAGUGUUAACUUACAGGGUAGUUGGCCUCUUAGCCCUUUAGUAAUUGGUGAGCAUUAAAAAAGAAGUAAAAGGAGGCACUUGCAUCUAAAAUUGGCUUCUAUGUUCAUUUAAAUAUUAUUGGCACAGAUGUAAACCAUCAUUAUGUUGUUUAAUUGUUCCUACAUUAGUUUUGUUGAUAUAAAACAUCACUGUGGGGUGAUAGUGUUGCCACUUCAUAAGGGUACUGAGGUAGAACUAUCCUGGCCCUCUUUACUAUGAGUAGCAUAGAGUAACAACUGAGUGAAUAAAAAUGUAAUAAUGCACAGUGAAGGAGGUUCUGUUUAAUAAGUACUAAAUAAUCUUAUAUCUUCUUUGGCAUCCCAUCUAUUAUUUUGUCCUCAUAUACAGUGAAACACCAUUUAUUGAAUUUAUAGAACAAAACUGAGCUCCUCCUUUCAACAAAAUCAACCCCUUCCAUGUCAUUUCUAGGUUAAUAAAACAUGUGUAGUGCCUGAAUAAGCAAAGUGCAGCAUGAUACACUUAGGAGGAGUCAGUAGUUGUUACAUUUAUCUAGGUGACACUUUGAAGAAUCAUGCAACUUUAUCAAAUAUGCUGAACUACUUCAAAGAGAUUAAGUUGUAUUUUUGUUUUGGACUUUUUGUUAUGGCCAAGGUGCAGUAUGAGUUUUCAGCCUAAGACAAACAAUGAGUAGAUGUCAGUGGGGCGCUUGUUCAACCUUUGAGCUACACUUUGAGUUUGCUGAGCAGUAGCUGAAACAUUUUGUCAAUUUAAACAUCCAUUGUAUAACAUUUAUGGGGAUCUACUGGCAGAAAUGGAAUGCAAUAAGCAUCAUUAGUGUAUAGUAACCUGAAAAUAGGAACUCUUAUGUGUUUUAUUACCGUAGUAUGAGUCUUUUAUAUCUACAGAGUGAGCGGGUCAUCUGUCAUGUUGCCAUGUUGAACCAGUAUGUUUCUACAAACCCAGGACAGACAAAUCAAACACUGGCUCUAGAAAGGACCUUUUGCAUUUUUUAAGAGUUUUACAUCCAUCAUAGAUUCUCCUUCAUGCUUGGAACAGGAAGAUGAGGCGAGUAGUCUUCAGUUGCUUGCAAUCUGCAACUUUACCACUGGAUGCCACUAAAACCGACACACUGGACCUUUAAGAUUUUAAACAUCUCUUAGGUGUGAAAAGCUUUUCAAAACUUUCAGCAUGCACCAAAUCUUUCCAUUACCCAUGUUUCUAAAAUGCCUCAUUUUUUGUGGCCAACAUCCAAGUGAUAUUCAUGUAUGAAUAAAUGUAUGUAAUGCUCAAGUCAGAAGAGUCAGAAGUGGUAUGAAUGAGUCAGUGUUCAAUAAAUGUAAUGAAGCUACUGAAGUUACUGUUCAGGUGUUACAAAUAUGUUGUAACAUGUUUUCAGUAGGAUACAUGCUACCUCAAAAAAAUCAAAAACAGUAACUUACAAAAACAAAUAAUUGGAUAAUGGAAGUUUUUAUCUUAAAAAAUCUGAAAAUGUGAUGUCUUUAAAAGCAAUUUUCCUCAUUAAGGUCACUGCUUUAUACAUUCCAUUUGUGUCACUGUAUAGAAAUACAGUGAAUGUUUAAUUUUUAAACAUGUUUUUACAUUUCUGAACACAUGUAAUUAUACUACAUUUUAUACUAUAAUUGUAUUAAUAAAUGCAUUAAAGUUUCUAUGAA